AUGGGGCACCGUGCCGUAUCGACGAAGGUCGCAGUACCACCCAUACUCGGCGGGGUCAUGUCCCGUGGCUUCCUUGAUACGCGUUUCCAACACGUCCAAGCGUUCUUCACGCUGGGAACCGCCGAUGAUUUCACCAAUCUUAGGGACAAGCACGUCGCAAGCCGCGACAGUCUUGUUGUCUUCGUUCAAGCGCAUGUAGAACGCCUUGAUCUCCUUGGGGUAGUUGUACAGCAUGACGGGCUUCUUGUAGAUUUGCUCCGUGAUGAAUCGCUCGUGCUCGCUGCCGAGGUCGUCGCCCCACUUUGGCUUGACUUGAAACUUGCCCUUCUUAAGGUUCUCCGGCUUGUUGAUCAGUUCGACGGCGUCCGUGUACGUCAAGCGGACAAACGGCGCAGCGAUCGUCGCCUUGAGACGGUCGAUUAA